AUGCUGUUUCGCAUGUGUUCUCCAUUGUUAUCGCCCCUGGUUCUCUCGUCUACGAUUCGCCGUUUUGCACGGUCACCUGUUCCCUGUAAGUCCCUUUUAUCCACCUGUGUCCCACCACAGGCAAGACGCCGGCCCCACGCGACGAAAGCUUCCCCCGAUGCCCCGACCGACGUAAAUCCGCGGCUCGUCGCUGAAGGCGAUAUUCGGUUAAGCUCCUCACAGGUGAAAGACCUGUUUGCUGGACGAUUCCCUACUGACUGUGACCGUGAUGUGCUUGUUUUGAAAGACCUAUCCCAGCGCGAUUUUAAGAGCAUAGUUCAUGGUUUCGAACGUUCUCUUUGCAGAAGAAAAGAAAGGCCAUCCGGAUAUCUAGUGUUUGGUGACAGCUUCCACACUACAUCCGUACUUCGCGCACCCCCAUCAGACGUCCAUGAAGCACUUGUCUGGAAUAUUGGGAGCUUGGUUCUGAAUGCCUUACAGCAAGCAACUGCCGGCCAAGAUUGUGGUUCAUUUCAUGUAAUGACAAACACGGGCACCCGCUCAAACGCAAAAUUCGCGAUGAAAGUUCCGGAUGUUCGGAUUGUGAGACGCGAGCCUGUUCCAGCCAGUGGACAGAGGUCACGAGCCAAAACGGUGUUUAUUGCCGAGAUUGGCUUCACAGAAAGCUCGUCAGAACUUGAGAGAAGUAUAAAAGAAUGGUUCAAUGCCAUGCCUGACGUUCACCUCGCUUUCCUUGUCAAGCUCGACGAGCGACCACGCUUCAGCUCAAAGCGUGCGUUCAGCUGCCUUCCUGCAAAUGUGAUCGCAAACCCGGAAGCAUAUAUCAACUGUGAUAUCAAGUCUUCACUAAACCAAGGAGCCACGGAAAUUUAUGGAGUAAAUUUUGUCGGAAAGAUAACAGCGUAUCUUGAAAUCUGGAGGAGGGGCUGUGACGGCGCAGAGGCAGCAAGGAGUGGUGAACGAAUUGUAUUCUAUGAUUCUUCCAAAGUACUUAAACCACCCAAACCGGAGAUAGAUCUGGCUGCUUUUGGCCUUCCGGAUCACCUACGAGACAAAAAAUUGGUAUUAGAUUGCGGAGGUUGGGAUGCGGAACUCGAGGUACAAAGUAUAGAGCUGGCUUACAAGCGUCUCUGUUCUACCCUCGAAAAGCACUGUACAACAGAAGAAAAGGGUGCGAAGUAA